AUGGCUCUUUUUUUUUUUUUUUUUUGUGUUUCCUUCGCUUUUUAAUUUGUUAAUUUACUUUUUAUUCACUGAAGGAAAGGAAUUAUCAGAGAAAGAAAAUAUUUACCUAUUGGCGAAUAACAAGUCCGUGAGUUCCAAGGACCUUGCGGGAAAAGCAUGACAGGCAUUUUUUGCAGAGAUCCGUGCCAAUUGAGUUACUGGGACGGUGUCCAUUCAUACGGGAAUUAAAGGCCAAUGCAUCUGGUACGUCUGGUAUGGGGGCUAUUAUGGGGGAAGAAGGUGUGGGAAAGGCGAUGUCAAGGCAUAAAUCGACUGACUGAGUUGCCUGACUUUACUGACUUUCUUUCGGCUGGCCGGAGCUCCUUCCCCGCUUCACCUCUCUUUGUUCUGGCACACCCUAAGGAGAGCAAAGUACCAAUUGUGAUGGUCGGAUGCGUCGAUUGCGAUGGCAGUCUGUGGGGGGUGGAUAAGAGGGUCUCACAGUCUCAGGACUCAGGAGGGAGUACUUUGAUCACGUCAUGGCCUCAUGAACCCCAGUUCUGUCUGAUGUGCCAUGCUACUCCGUAUAUUGAUGAACUGCGUGGUUUAUCCUAUCCCCUUAUCUCACUGGGCGGGCCACUGGAGCAUCACGAAGCCGUCCCGUGGGAGUGGUGAAGAGUCGUUGGAACCGUCGGAAUAUGUACGGUGAAUCUUAAUCCGUUGGUCGGCGUCCACAACUCCGAAUGGUCAUUGGAUGCUCCCUCUCACUCUCUCCCCAUCCAGCACCCCGUGAUCGCAGACUGGCCCAGUAGGAUGUGGCCAUGCGA